CUCCGCCCCGGCCCCUUCGAAAUCCGGACCGGCUGGCGAAUGCCGGAGUAUCCGCGGCUAGCUAGAGUAGUUCCGCUCUGGGGCGGAAGUGCACGGGAGUGUCUCUGCCAUUGACCACCUCGCAUCAUGGUUUCUUCUGUGCUGGAGGUGUCUCAUGUGUUUUGCUGCCCGAACCGGGUUCGAGGAGCUUUGAGUUGGAAUACCGGGCACGGAGGACUCCUGGCCUUCGGCACGUCCUGCUCCGUUGUUCUCUAUGACCCUCAGAAAAAGGUAGUUAUUACCAAUCUGAAUGGUCACACUGCUCGAGUCAACUGCCUGCAGUGGAUACGCACAGAGGAUGGCUCCCCUUCCACUGAGCUGGUGUCCGGAGGAUCUGACAAUCGGGUGAUCCACUGGCAGCUAGAGAAUAAUCAGGUUUUAAAAACAGUCCGUCUCCAAGGCCAUGAAGGGCCAGUUUAUGCCGUGCACGCUAUUUACCAGAGCGGGCCAUCCGACGGCGAGCAGCAAGCCCUGAUAGCUUCUGCAGCUUCAGAUUCCACAGUGCGACUCUGGUCUAAAAAGGGGUCUGAAGUAAAAUACCUCCAGACCUUGAACUUCAGGGAUGGCUUCGUUCUGGCUGUCUGCCUGUCUAUUUUGCCUGGUACUAAUGUGCCAGUAUUAGCAUGUGGUGACGAUGACGGCAGAAUUCACCUAUUUGUUCAACAGGAUGGCCAGUUUCAGAAAGUGCUUUCUCUCUGCGGACACGAGGACUGGAUAAGAGGCGUGGAAUGGGCAACCUUUGGUAGAGACCUUUUCCUCGCAAGCUGUUCACAGGAUUGCCUAAUAAGAAUAUGGAGACUGUAUAUGAAACCAGCAUCUUUAGAAACCAAGGAUGACAGUAUAAGGAUGAAGGAAAACACAUUCACUAUAAAAGAUGACGGUGUUAGAACAACAGUUGCGAUUACCCUGGAGACGGUGCUGGCUGGACACGAAAACUGGGUAAACGCAGUUCAUUGGCAGCCUUCAUUUUACAAAGAUGGUGUUCUGCAGCAGCCAGUGAGACUGUUGUCUGCCUCCAUGGACAAAACCAUGAUUCUCUGGGCUCCAGAUGAAGAGUCAGGGGUUUGGUUAGAACAGGUCCGAGUAGGUGAAGUAGGUGGAAAUACCCUGGGGUUUUAUGAUUGCCAGUUCGGUGAAAAUGGCUCCAUGAUCAUCGCUCAUGCAUUCCACGGAGCACUGCACCUUUGGAAACAGAGUACAGUAAACCCAAGGCAGUGGGCUCCAGAGAUUGUCAUUUCAGGACACUUUGAUGGCGUCCAAGACCUAAUGUGGGAUCCAGAGGGAGAGUUCAUCAUCACUACCAGCACUGAUCAGACAACUCGUCUUUUUGCUCCAUGGAAGAAGAAGGACCAAUCACAGGUCACUUGGCAUGAGAUCGCAAGGCCUCAGAUACAUGGAUACAACCUCAAGUGUUUGGCAAUGAUUGAUCGGUUUCAGUUUGUGUCUGGAGCAGAUGAAAAAGUUCUUCGUGUUUUUUCUGCUCCUCGGAAUUUUGUGGAAAAUUUUAGUGUCAUUUCCCGACAGUCACUGAGUCACAUGCUCUGUGAUGAAGACCAAGAUCUUCCAGAAGGAGCCACUGUUCCUGCAUUAGGGCUAUCAAACAAAGCUGUCUUUCAGGAAGACAUGGCCUCUCUGCCUUUUGAGGAGGAUGAGCUCUUAAGCCCUGCCUUCAGAUAUCCCCAGGUGAUCUUUCAGCCUGCUGUCCUUAAUGAGCCUCCCACUGAGGAUCAUCUUCUGCAGAACACCUUGUGGCCCGAGGUUCAGAAACUGUAUGGCCAUGGCUAUGAGAUAUUUUGUGUUGCCUGUAAUAAUUCAAAGACGCUACUUGCCUCUGCCUGCAAGGCCACUCAGAAGGAACAUGCAGCUAUCAUUCUUUGGAGCACGGCGUCUUGGAAGCAAGUGCAGAGUCUUGCUUUCCACACUCUGACCGUCACCCAGAUGACCUUCUCUCCUGACGACAAGUUCUUACUGGCUGUUUCCAGAGAUCGAACCUGGUCUUUGUGGAAGAGACAGGAUGCCACCUCAGCGGAGUUCGAUCCAUUUUUUAGUCUCUUUGCAUUCACCAACAAAAUUACUUCUGUGCAUAGUAGAAUCAUUUGGUCUUGUGACUGGAGUCCUGAUAGCAAGUACUUCUUCACUGGAAGUCGAGACAAAAAGGUGGUUGUCUGGGGCGAGUGUAACUCCAGCUAUAACCCCAUGGAGCAUCCCAUCCGUCCCUGCUCCUCGAUCCUGGAUGUGGGCAGUUCUGUGACAGCUGUCAGUGUCUGCCCUGUGCUUAGCCCGGCCCAAAGAUACAUUGUUGCAAUCGGAUUAGAGAGUGGGAAGAUUUGUAUAUACACCUGGAGCAAGACCAAUCAAGAAAUCAAUGACUGGAUCAGCUGUGUAGAAACAAAUCCAAGCCAGAGUCACAGCCUGGGUAUCAGAAGGUUAUGCUGGAAGAGCUGCAGCGGCAACCCUGAGCAGAGUGAAGAGGGGACGGAGUGGUUGUACUUUGCAAGCUGUGGCGAGGACCAUACUGUGAAGAUCUACAGGGUUAACAGAUGUGCACUGUGAAGACUUGACCACACCCUGCCCUCUUGAUUGUCCUAAGUGUUUGUUAUGUAUAUAGACCCCCUUCCUUCCCUGUCUACUGUCUGAGGACGGCCAUGCUGCUUUCCCUCAUUAUAUGGGAUAUAUAUAACCACCCUGAACCUUACCCAUGCUGUCAGACGCACUUGGGCCUACCUCUGUGUGCUCCCGAUUAAGAACACCUUUUAAUUUGUGCCCAA